CUACAGCGACUGGCUGCUGCCGCACUGACAUCACGCAGGGGCCAGCUGUUGAUUUGGCUCUGUCUCCAAGGCUGGCUGGCUUGAUGGGUUGUGGCAGGUAGACUUGCGCUCUUACCCCCCUCCCUCCCUCUCUCCAUCCAUCCCAUACUCUCUCUCCAGCUCUCUCUCUCUGUGACACCCACUCCUCCCCUCAUCCUCUCCUACUACAUUCUCCUCUCCUCCGUCUUCCGCUCGCACUCAGUCGAGCAGGAGUACAGGAGGCAGCAGGCAGCUGCCGAGGAGCAAGCUGGGAGGCGACUCCAGCCUCCUCUCCAGCAGAUUGUGCCUCCUGUACAAUGGAAACUAAACGGUUGCAUGGCAGAAGGGAUGGACGGCAGAGCUGCCGGGCACGCAGGUCGGCAGGGGUCAUGAGGGUGUCGGAGGCCCCGCUUGCUGUGCAGAGCAGCUGAAGCAGACAUGGGCAGAGAAGUCUUGGAGGGCAUCGGAAGGCUCAGCCUCGUCGACGUCAACAGCUGCAACCAUCACUGGCUACACAACAAGUUCCUUUAUUUGCCAGCAUCUCCCAUUAAGACUUUGCGAUGAGAAUGUCCGAUAUCGUGAACACUGAAACGAUGAGGGUUUCCGAGAACGCCGACACGGUGUCACCUGCAAGAGACAACGCCACGAAAUCUGAGGUCUGUGACCAGAGCCAGAGCAGCAAGGAUGAACACGCCAGCAACAAUAAGAAGGACAUUCAGCCUGUGAAGUACUCCAAGUCCAGUACCAGGCUAAAGCUCGUGCGGAGCCUGGCAGUGUGCGAAGAAACCUUUCCUCUCCCUAUUCCUGAACCUUCAGCUGCACCUCAGGAUGGAUUUCUCCUCCCGCCCUUUGAUAAUGAGGAGCGUGGUACGAAGGACCAAGCUGAGAAAGAAGGCGGCGGCGACAAGGUGGACAAACCAGAGAAGGCGCCACGGAAAAUGCUCUCAAGAGAUUCAAGUCAAGACUACACAGAUUCAACUGGCAUAGACCUCCAUGAGUUCCUCGUCAACACGCUGAAGAGCAACCCCAGGGAUCGAAUCAUGCUGCUAAAGUUGGAACAGGACAUCUUGGAUUUCAUCAGCAAUAAUGAAAGCCAAAAGAGAAAAUUCCCCCCUAUGACAUCCUACCACAGGAUGCUGUUACACCGCGUAGCAGCCUACUUUGGCAUGGACCACAAUGUGGACCCCAGUGGAAAGUCAGUGGUGAUCAACAAAACCAUCAACACUAGAAUACCCGAUCAGAAAUUCUCGGAGCACAUCAAGGAUGACAGGGCGGACGAUUUUCAGAAACGCUACAUUCUCAAACGCGACAACGCCAGCUUUGAUCGCGAAGAUAGCGCGAUCCGAAUGCGUUUGAAAGCUGACAAGAGGAGCAAAUCGAUGGAGGAGAGGGAGGAGGAGUACCAGCGAGCCAGAGAAAGGAUUUUUGCACAUGAUGGAGAACACUUCUUAUUAGAUAGAAGUGCACAGGAGGAACACGCAUGCAUGAGCACUCUACAGAGACGGCAAAUGUUCAGGUUAAGAGCCGGCCAUUCUGGCGCCAGCCGCCAGAGCAGCUCUGAGACGGACACGCUGCCCCGGCACGGCGAGCCUCGGCCGUGGAGCAGCACCGACAGCUCGGACAGCUCCAACCGGCUUGCCCCGCGGCCUGCCAUCACUAAGGCCAGCAGCUUCAGCGGCAUUUCCCCCGGCCUCAUCCGAGGAGACAGCACGGCCAGCAGCAAGAGCACCGGGAAACUUUCUAAAACAGGUUCUGAAUCGUGCAGCAGUGUCGGCUCCUCGUCCAGCUCUCUGUCUCGCCCCCAACUGCCCCUCCCAGUAUCUGCCUCCUCGCGCUCCAUCGUCCCCAGCACCCCCCUGUCCCACCGUGCCGUCGACACCAGAGGCCCUGGACACCCCGAGGCUGUGAAAAGCAACCCCUCCCAACUGCUGCCGUCCGCCAGCAACGCGACAAACUACUAUAUGCUGCCGCUAGAAACCUCAGGGAUUCCACCCGGCAGCGUUCUGAUCAACCCGUACACAGGCAAGCCUUUCAUGCACCCUGAUGGCAGUGCAGUAGUUUAUAACCCGGCUGCUGGCAGGGUCCCACAGCAGGGGAAAACCAUGCCGCAGCCAAUCCUUGCAGCGUCGCAGCAGCAGCCAGCCAAUCACAUUCACUCACAGCCAAUCUGUCCUCUUCAGCCGUCCUUUGAGCGUGUCCACAACCCAACGGUUUCUUAUCCUCUUCCUCCUUCUCAGUUCCUGCCUGUCUGUCCUAAUCAACAAUACACUGUGCCUGAAGUCCUCAGUGCCCAGUUUAGUCACAUGACCCUGUCGCAGCAUCCAUCCAGUGACGGCGGAGUGUCGACUCCAGACGGCCGUCACUACCCCUCCCUGUACAACCACCACCCAUCCCCUGUGAUGCUGCAGGGAGCUCCACCACCGCAGGUCACCGGCUACAUGGUGGCAGGACCAUCAGGGGGUCACCCAGGGGUGCUGCAGGGUCAGCACGUCCCACUCCCGGCACCGGGCCCUAACCACACAUAUCCUGGCUCGAACGCAGGCCCCGCCGCUUUUUCUGCACUAAAUCAGCCCCUGCUUCAGCAGCACACCUACAUCCAGCAGCCGGUGCAACAGCAGAUGUCCACGUGUUACUGCUCAUCAGCCCACCAUCCACAGUGCUCCAACCAGCAGCAGCAGUAUCGAGCUCCUCUCAACCAACUGACCUAUAGCUGCCCUCAGAGCCAAAACCUGCCCCAGCAGCAAGUCCACCAAGCUAUGAUGCCAAACCCAGCGUCCAGCUACCAGACCGUAGUGGGCGUACAGCCAACACCCAGCCUCGCUCUCACUGGCAACCAGCAAAGCAAUAUGGCCAACCAGAUGCAAGGCAUGAUGGUCCAGUAUCCUCCAAUACAGUCUUAUCAGGUUUCUGUUCCGCAGCAGACGUACCAGCAGCCAGUGUUUGUGUCUUGCCAGCCAGGACAGGGGCCAGUGGCUGUCUCUGGCAUGCAGCCCUGCUACAGCCUGCUCCCCACCAACCAGCACACCACUAUGAGUUCAACAGUGAGUUUCCUUCCAGCCCCGAUGAUGGAGCCGCUCCAGUUUCCUCAAAGCUCAUCUCCCUGCGUCACCCAGCAACACCCAGGCCAACAGUACGCAGGUUUGUUACCACCAGCGCCCGGCGGAGGUAUGGUGAUGCUGCAAAUGGCUGCGCCCCCCUGCCAGCAGCCCCGGGCCCCCUCCCCUUGCCAGAGGAAGCAGCCCAGCCACAAACACUCGGGCCCUGAGCAGCAGCGAGGCCGCAGGCCUGCUGAGCUCCCUCAGACUCCUGAUAACACCCAGAGCAGCCUGCCUUCGUCUCCGGCGCUCACUCCCUCACCCUGCCAGCCGCCCAGCAUCAAGGGCCUCUCAUCAGGCGUCUCCCCAAUCCCCGUCCUGUCCCACCAUCCGCAGCUCCCUACAGCUUUCAUCCACAGUGGACAAGGUGAAGCACAUUACUCUCUACUGGGUCAGCCUCUGCAGUACAAACCAUCCAUCAGACCACCGCUGCUGCACACUGCACAAAUGGUGACCAAACACCAGGGUCCUCUGGGAGUUUGGCGUAGCGGUCAUGGAAGGAAGUCCAGCAGAAAACCUCUGUCUUCAGACCUCAGUUGAGCAGUCAGACCCUGGAAAUGACACGUCCUCCGGCGGGGGAUCAGCUGCACAGACUCCCACCGGCUCCUGGCAGAAGCUCUAUGAAGCGGGGGUGGCAAAUUGAUCCAGUGGCUGUCUGAACAUCUCGAUCCAAGCAGAGGCGCUCCCCAUGGACAUCUAAGCCUCAUCGCACCCCAUCUUCACCAAACACGCCACCCUAAAAACUCGGAACUAGCACAUGAUUCAAAGGGUGGGAGCGGUAUGACUCGGACAAGGCCAGCUCAUAGCUGCUAGGAUCUCGGUGCACCUUUAAGGUGCCAACAUGAACCUCUGCUGCCUCAGUCUGGACCGUCUCCCAGAUACUGUUCAAAUCAAAGUAUCAGAUGUUUGAAUUGUGAACAUUUUUACUUUUGUUGUAGUUUUUUAGCUUUUUUGUUUGUUUGUUUAUUCCUGGCCAAAAGAUUUGUGCGAAGAGUUCAACAAAUCUACCUUUCUGUUCUAAAAACUUUUUUUCUUUUUUUUUUAGAGACCAGCUCGUGUCUUUUGUGAAAGCUGGUAUAGGAGUGUGACGACACCACAUAGAGCAAAGCAUACAUACAACUGAUUUGUUUUUGCCCACUUUUUCGAAAUAAAACUAUUCAAUUUUGUUAAAGUUUAUAGAACUGUAACUAGCUUUUGUCUGUUGGAUACACAAGAACUCUCCCCAUAAACAUCUGUACAAUGUGAAAACACUGAAUAAUGGAGAGACUACCUGAAUUAUUUAAAGAACCGUCAAACACAGUGAAUGUUGCAUUUGCACUGAAGUAAUCAAAGUGAAAGAUUUGAUUAGUCUCAGACAAAGCCUGGAUUUUUUUUCUUUUAUGACCCUCCCUCCCAUACCUGUGUGUUGCACUCGCCAGGCCAAUUUGUUUUAUAUGGUUAAGUUAAAAUGUUUAUAUGCACAAUUAAAAUGCAAAUUGAGUGUGUCACUCUUGGCUUAA